GAUCCAGCAUUCUUGAAUUGUCAAGCAUGUGUUAGGCCGCGUCGUUACGACGACGUAUAGGUGUUAUAUUCGCAUUUAGCCACAGAAUCCAGUAUCCGCUGCAGCGCGACAUUUCUCUGGUCUGAAGUGCCAGCUUCCGUACUCAGGUGGACAGUUGACUGGACACUGGCAGGAACAACCCCGGGAACCCUACCUCGAUCCAAUAAAGAGAAAAAAAAACCCCUAUUUUUCAGUAACGAGCUUCAAAAUUACGCAAUUCGUCUGUUGCCAACUCGAUCCUGAACUUCAAUUCAUUUAUCUGAGUUUCUGAUUUUCAUAAAAUCCAAGCAAAAUCAAUAUUGAUAACUUAUCUGAACCAUCAAUUAAAAGCAAUGGACAGUCACUUAACAGCGCCGGUCCGUUCUCGUAGCUCACAGUCGGCGUCUCCGUCACACUCUGCAUCGGCCUCAGCUACGUCAUCCAUCCACAAGCGCAAGCUGGCGUCUGACGAUCACGCACCGCCAUUCCCUUCCUCGUUCUCCGAUACGCGCGACGGAGCACUGACAUCCAACGACGACUUAGAAAGCAUCAGUGCACGGGGCGCGGACUCCGAUUCCGACGACGAGUCCGAGGAGGUGGUUGACGAUGAAGAGGAGGAGUAUGAUAAUUCCUCCAUGAGGAAUUUUACGGCCUCGAGGCUAGAGACCAGCGUGCCACCCCUAGCGAGGAAUACCAAGCUCAAGAGUGAGAACUCCGUCAAAGUUGAGCCCUCCGAGAUGGCGAAAGAUGGUGGCAACGCUGGCGCCUCUUUCAAUGCUGCGAAUUCUGCUGGUGUUGGUUCUGCUCCUAGUACUGGGGUGAAGGAUGAGGUGGCGAAGAAUAUUCUUACAGAUAAUAUACAAACAAGUGGGGCUUAUAGUGCAAGAGAGGAGAGUUUGAAGAGAGAAGAGGAAUCAGGAAUGCUGAAGUUUGUAUGCGUGUCGAAUGAUGGUACUGAUGAGCAUAUGGUUUGGUUGAUAGGGUUGAAGAAUAUAUUUGCCAGGCAACUGCCUAACAUGCCUAAGGAAUAUAUUGUUCGUCUUGUGAUGGACAGAAACCACAAAUCUGUUAUGGUUAUCAGACGUAAUCAGGUUGUUGGUGGCAUAACAUACCGUCCUUAUGUGAGCCAGAAGUUUGGGGAGAUAGCCUUUUGUGCAAUCACAGCAGAUGAACAAGUUAAGGGCUAUGGGACCAGGCUGAUGAACCACUUAAAGCAGCAUGCACGCGAUGUGGACGGGCUAACUCACUUUCUAACUUAUGCUGACAAUAAUGCUGUCGGUUACUUCGUCAAACAGGGCUUCACAAAGGAGAUUUACCUAGAGAAAGAGUGGUGGCAUGGGUAUAUUAAGGAUUAUGAUGGAGGGAUUCUUAUGGAAUGCAAAAUUGAUCCGAAGCUUCCUUACACUGAUUUGUCAACUAUGAUACGCCGGCAGAGACAGGCAAUUGAUGAAAAGAUAAGGGAGCUAUCUAAUUGUCAUAUUGUCUACAAAGCAAUUGAUUUUCAGAAGAAGGAAGCUGGUAUCCCCAAGAAGGCUAUCAAAGCUGAGGAUAUACCUGGCUUGAGAGAGGCAGGUUGGACUCCUGAUCAGUAUGGCCAUUCUCAGUAUAAGAUGGUUAGCUCCUUAACAGAUGGAGUCUCACAUCAGAAGGCCAUGACUACAUUUUUGCGGUCACUUGUAAAGGCGAUGUAUGACCAUCCUGAUUCUUGGCCGUUUAAGGAAGCUGUUGAUGCAAGAGAUGUACCUGACUAUUAUGACAUCAUUAAAGAUCAAAUAGAUUUGAAGGCCAUGGCAAAACGGGUAGAAUCAGAGCUGUAUUACGUGACUCUUGAUAUGUUUGUUGCGGAUAUCAGGAGGAUGUUUGUAAAUGCACGCACGUACAACUCUCCUGAGACGAUCUACUAUAAAUGUGCAACCAGGUUGGAAAACCAUGUAAUGAACAAGUUUCUAGGUGGUGUCCAAUCUGGUAGCAAGAUUCAACAAUAGCAUAUUUACAGAUUCUUAAGGAGAAUAUGAGCACCACUAAAUUGGUUCCUUCAUUCGCAUGUUAAGCCAUAUUUAUCUGUUAUCAUGAGCGACAUUGAAUUGUUCUUAUACAUCAUAGAAUUGUCUAGAAUCUUUCCAUGUUUACGCGAGAAAAAUGAAGACAUUGCUCUGACACUCCUCUAUUAGUUAGUUACUAUUUUAGUAUGGGUUGUAUUCAGUUCUUCAUGUUAACAUUGUCACAAUUUACAAAUAUGAUGUUUGCUCAAGGUAUUUUGUUUUGAUUUUUGAACUGUUUUUAAGGUUAGGGUCACCAACCUUCCUGUAGGAGAAUAGGGCUUUGCGUUGCUCUCUUGGUUUUUAAUUUUUUUUUUUCCAGUGCCACAUACAAUUUCUAUGCCGUGUUUGGAGAAAUAUAUUAUCAAAUCUGAGAUAUUAGCUUUCUUGGGAAAAUUGAUUUUGAAAUUAUGGCUGCGCAUUUUUUAUUUUUAACGUGGUUCUUCUUAACUGACGUAUACUUUGCUAGACAUGAAGUUGAUGACAGUCCAAUGGAGUCCGUUGAUAAGACUGAUGAAGUAGACACUAGCGAGCUGGCACCUGGUAGUCUAUUUGAUUCCGGAGCUGGCACCUGCCUUUUUUUUUUUUUGGCGUGGUCUAUAUGUGAUGGGGGUACCAGACAGACGGCCAUCAUCACAUUGAUUUGGGCAAACUGUCAACUCGCUUCUGCAGUAGGUAACUAUAUGGCUCAGGUCCAAAAAAAAAAACCUCAAGACGGGUGAAAACUCUAAUAAUGGAGGAUGGAGGAGGUUAAUUACACAAAUUGCCCCUUUUGGCUCAUCGGUAAUUUGCUAUAAUUCGUGGAACUCGUAUUAAGUGAAUUUGUAGUCGUUGAGUUUCCAAAUGGCAGAGAGAUUCAUAUAUUGUUAUUAUUAGUCAUUGAAGGCACGUGCCCCAUUGAGCACAGAAAA